GCUGCUAGUGUACUGUACAACAACAGCUGGCUUGUCUUCGUCUCCAGGAAAUCACUUGAAACCUGUUCCGAAAAAAAAUGGCUGCAAUAUGCUACAUUUAAACCUUUAGGAUUUUCAGACGCGUCGCUUGGAAAGUCGCAUGGUGUUCGGCACAGUUGAAGAGUCGAAUGGGAUUUUUGUGAGUGUGAGUGAUCGCUGGUGAGCUCUAGGCCCUUCAGUGAUGCCUCGGACCGUCGUGAGAUCCUGAGCCGAUCAGAGCUCCGCUUCACACAGCUGGACGCUCGAUGUAACGUUACUCCAGGAAGAGAGUACUGUAUGUGCCAGCCAGCUGCCCACGCAGCUACUGUCAGGACUGACGGUGUCUUAACGCCUAGUGAACUGCCUAACUAGACAGCACUUUUCAACAUCAUAGUCAACCCAGAAAUGUUGUACAGGUAGGCAGCUCUGUAGGUUUUUAGACAAAGUUUGUUCUCUCUCUGUGUACACAGAAACCUGGCCACUGAGUUUAUAAACAGUCUGGAGAGAGACAGUGAAUCAUGCUGCCUCCAUCAAGAAGGGAUUUUGUAUCUCUGACUCUCAGCGAAAGUGGCAGCUACACCAACAGCAAGCAGUGGCGCCGGCAGUCCUGCUGGAGGAAAUGGAAACAGCUGUCCAGAUUGCAGCGCAGCUUGAUCCUGUUUACACUCAUGCUGUUGUUGGUUUGUGGAAUUGCCACAUCUCCCACUCUCAUAGGGCACUGGAGAGAUGGUGUGGUAGGGGAGAACGGGUACGAUGGAAAACAGCCAUUUGUUGUCAACCUGAAAAAUGAGUACAAGUCCAUUCUUCCUGAUCCGCCCUCUGAGAAAAAGGACUACCGUAGACGUGGACCUCCUGUCUUGCAGAACCGUUUGCAAACCAAAACAAAUGUUUCGGGUCUGUUGGGAGUAGAAAAUCAGGGACUGGACCUGAAGAAUGAAAAUAAAGGAUCUGAAGGAGGAAAGCCAAUCAUUAGUUGGCGUGGAGCUGUGAUAGAAGAAGAACAGGCAUCUGAUACUGACACCAAAGACACAGACAUCCAAGACGACCCAGCUUCAUUAGCACAUGCUGAGAGCAGGCUGGAGGCUGUGAGGGAAGCUUUUAGACAUGCCUGGAAGGGUUACAAGAACUUUGCUUGGGGUCACGAUGAGCUAAAACCAAUCUCUAAUUCAUAUGGAGAGUGGUUUGGACUUGGGCUGACCCUAAUUGAUGCUCUGGACACCAUGUGGAUCUUGGGUCUCAAAGAGGAGUUUGCAGAGGCCAGGGAGUGGGUGGCCAGAGAGCUCUCCUUCAAUAAGAACGUGGAUGUUAAUCUGUUCGAGAGCACCAUUCGUAUACUGGGUGGCCUUCUGAGUACUUACCAUCUGACCGGAGACUCCAUGUUCCUGGAGAAAGCUAAAGAUAUUGGCUCCAGACUGAUGCCUGCCUUCAACACUGCCUCAAAAAUCCCCUAUUCGGAUGUGAAUAUUGGGAAGGGGACGGCUCAUCCUCCGCAGUGGACUUCAGACAGUACCGUAGCUGAGGUCACUAGCAUUCAGCUAGAAUUCAGAGAGCUCAGUCGACUUACCGGAGACCCCAAAUACAAGCUGGCUGUAAUGGAGGUGAUGAAGCAGGUGCACAAAUUGGAUGGAAAGCAAGAUGGGUUAGUGCCGAUGUUUAUCAAUACCCACAACGGGCUGUUCACCCAUCAGGGCAUUUACACACUGGGUGCCAGGGCUGACAGCUACUACGAGUACCUGCUGAAGCAGUGGAUACAAGGAGGCAAGACCGAGAACGAAUUGCUGGAUGACUACCUGCUGGCUGUGGAAGGCGUGAAGAAGAACCUCCUGAAGAAGUCUACUCCUUCCGAUCUUACAUUUGUAGGAGAGCUGUCCCAUGGCCACUUCAGUCCCAAAAUGGACCACUUGGUUUGUUUCCUGCCUGGCACACUUGCGCUGGGGGCACAUUAUGGCCUUCCUACGGAUCACAUGGAGCUGGCAAAACAGCUGAUGGAGACUUGCUACCAGAUGUACGCCCAGAUGGAGACAGGUCUGAGCCCGGAGAUAGCUCAUUUCAACAUGCAUGAGGGCAGCACACAGGAUGUAGAUGUAAAGAUUGCAGACCGACACAACCUUCUGCGGCCAGAGACUGUAGAGAGCCUCUUCUACAUGUACAGAUUCACUGAGGAUAAGAAGUACCAGCAGUGGGGCUGGGAGAUCCUACAGAACUUCAAUAAGUACACAAGGGUUCCCACCGGAGGUUAUACGUCCAUAAACAAUGUCCGUGACCCAGCCAAUCCCAACCCUCGAGACAAGAUGGAGAGCUUCUUCCUGGGUGAGACACUCAAAUACUUCUACCUGCUGUUUUCUAAUGACCCCAACCUUAUCAGCUUAGACAAGUACAUCUUCAACACUGAGGCCCAUCCUCUGCCCAUAUGGCCACAAGCAGAGUGAAGGACCCACAAGCACACGUGCAUAACCAAACACACCACUCUCAGGGCCAUGAACACAUUUGAUAUCCAAACUGCCAUCUUUUUCUACACUAGGAACUCUUUGUAAUUGAAAGUCACUAACUGGUAAAACAAAAUUAAAACAGCCAUGACAGAAACUGUUUGUAGAUGUGUAGUUUCUGAUUGUACUAGUAAUCUGUAUGUUUCUAUUAAUAGAGUUUCUUCAUUUUUUUUACUCUAUUGUUAUGCUGUCGAUCAGCUAGGCUGCUGAAUUAGCCCAUUGAAUCAGUAUGCGCAGUCUCUCAGCCCAAGCACAUGGACAAAAAUUGUUCAUACUGUGAAACCUUAUGGGGACUGCAAGCACUUUAAUGGUGUGUUUUGAGGUUUUAGUGUGUGUGUUUUCUUAUAAUGAAAGAAUUCUGUUGUUUCUGUUGUGGGGAUUUAGGGAGUCUUUCACCGUCAUCUGAUGGUCUAUUUAGCUUUGUAAAAAAAAAAUUUCUUUACAUUAUAAGUUUUAUUAUGCGAACAUUUGAAACAUUCGGUAUAGUUAUCAGGCAGCAUUGUAUGAAUUUUACCUUAUCUCGUGUUCAAGCACAUGCAAGGGGAAAUGUUUGUGUUUUUAUUAUUUCAAAUAUUUCUUUUAUUUUGAGUUUAAAACCCCAACCUUGCUGUGAGGGAUUUGUAAAAUUUAAUUCCUGUGAAUAGGAGAAAUGUACUUUUUUUUUUGUUGUUGAUCUUGGUGUUAG